AUGAACCGUGGCAUAAACGAUAGCCAGGACCUGCCCAGGGAGUACUUGGGCAAGAUCUACGAUGAGAUCGCCCGGUGUGAAAUCCAAAUGAAGACUGCGGUUAAUGCCUCCUUGACUGCCGCUGCCUCGAGUGGUACCCUGUCCGGUGGUGGCGGUCCGAGCAUUGUGGACGAUGCUCCACCGACGACUUUGAGCGGAUCUAGUCUCAGCGGCCAACACCUUGACAAAGUCAGCCGCGAAAUGGAGGCUCUGGCGCAGAGCGCUCGUGAAUUAAUGGAAUCUGUGAGUACAUCUAUCUUCUUCAAAACUUGCCCCUCUCCAACCGGUGCGUAUGUGUGUGCGUGUAUUGUGCUCAUGUAUUUGCUUCCAUCAACCUCGUAUGUACUUCUCCGAGUCAUAAACUUCAGUUCAUAUUCUCCAUGUUGUUAGAGAGAAAGUUAAAAGUAUGAUACCUCAAAGUGGAAAAAAGUCCAACUGUAGUAAAAAUAUGUAUAGACGUCACGCAGAAGUAGUGCUCACCGAUAUAUCCUUAUUGGAGGACGAAACACGAACAGUUUCGCUUGACAAUAAAGUCCCGUAAUAAAGCCUUUACAGCCAAUCGCAUCGCGACGAACGACAAAUGAUUGGG